AUGACAACACCUCCACCAUCAGGUGGUAGGCCGGCUGGUGCCAUUCGUAGCGGCGGUUCAUGGCGCCAAUCGUCGCCCGUGCAGACACCCGAGUGCACGACACGUACACUCGCCUUUGAUUCGACUGCAUCCCGUGUCCGUGCCAAGAAGCGACGCCGAAGAAUGGCUCAAUCCGCAGCAUUUAUCACUACAAGAAGACCCCUGACGACGGAAGAGGAAGAAGAAGAAGAGGCUAAAGAUCAAGACGACAAAGAUCAAGAACAGGACAAAGAGAAGGAACAAAUGACUAGCAAGAGGAAAAUGAAGAUGGAGGCGAACGUCAUGAGACAUUCGACGGUGUCUGAAGGAGACAGAGAGGACAAUAUUAAGGCCCAUGAGUCACUUUUGACCCAUAGGAAGACGCUGGAACUAUCUCGUGGUCUCCUUUUAGUCCAAGACAAUCGACAAAAGGUAAUCGAAAGACUGCGCCAUUUGGUUAAAAAGUGCUGUGAGCAACAUCACGCUGCAACCGCGCUCUUUUACGCGGAUAAACUCGUGACCAUGUCUCCUAGAGACAAAAAUGACGUACUGCUGUUUGCAGAUGCGUGCUAUUUAAAUCGAGAGUAUCAUCGUGCUAUUCAUGCAAUUAAACAAGCCAGAUUGGUAGAAAUGGAUGGUGUGAAACGAGUUGGAGAGGGGAUGCCAUGUCAUGUGAUGCUGCAGGCAGCUCGGUUGCUCGGGAAAUGUAUGUUGGCGAUCAAACAGAAGGAUGAAUGUUUAGAAUUGUUAGGGGCGAUACUGCCUGAACGAGAGGAAGACGUAGUGCUGUUGGCUAAGAAGGUGCAGCUGCUAAAUGUAGCAGACCCAAAUGCACAGGGAAUCAAUGUGGUAUCGUCGCUAGCACUUUUGAUGGGUGAGACAUUCGAAGCUACUGGCAAUCGCGAGAACGCAAUGGUCUACUUCCGUAUCGCGCUGCGCUGCGAUGUGCAGUGCACGGAGGCAUUCUUUCAUUUAUUUGAUAAGGAAAUGCUGUCGCCGCAAGAAGAGAAGGAGCUUGUUGCGUCGCUAGACUUUUCGUCCGAUGAGAUGCAGUUGCUAGAGCUUUUGUACCAGACGCAUGUUGGAAAGUAUAAUUCGACACGAUCCGUUGACGAGACAUUUACAGAAGUGGAGCAUCGAUUUGGCCUGGCAGACAACUUAGAUCUGAACGUCAUGAAAGCCAAAAAGUUUUAUUAUCGGCAUGACAUUCAGCAGGCACAUGAACUUUGCGAAAGGGUUUGUGAAGAAGACCCAUUCAAUUUCCGUGUAAUUUCGGUCUACGUUGGCACGUUAGUAGAGCUUGGAAAGAAGCGCGAACUGUACCACUAUGCUCACCAAAUGGUAGAUGUUUAUCCCACAAGAGCGUCGGCUUGGUACACAGUAGGCUGUUACUAUCUCUUGAUUCAGAAAUACGAGGCUGCACAGCGAUAUUUUCACAAAGCAACGUCCCUAGAGCCAAGCUAUGCACCUGCAUGGAUUGGAUUUGGGAACUCUUUUGCGGCCCAAGAUGAAAGUGAUCAGGCCAUGUCAUCGUACCGGACGGCUUCCAGUCUCUUUCCAGGUUCGCACCUGCCAUCUCUGUACAUCGGCAUGGAGUAUCUUCGCACCAACAACUUGGUCCAAGCGCAAGAGUUUAUUCGACAGGCAAGUGUAAUUUGUCCUACAGAUCCAUUGGUGUACAACGAGUUGGGUAGUGUAUUCUACAGGCAGGAAGAUUACCCAAAUGCAAUCGAAAUGUUCACCAAGGCCUUACACCUGUGCAAGGGCCUCCCUGAGCGACUGAUGGAGGCGUGGGAGCCGACGCUCUUCAACCUUGGAUAUUCGUACCGUAAACUCCGGAAGUUUGACCAGGCGAUUCAUUAUUUCCAGAGUGCACUCCGGCUAUCACCUCGGAACGCAUCGAGUCUAGCUGCACUUGGCUUCACCUAUCAUAUGAAGGGAUGUCUAGAGCAAGCCAUCGAAACCUACCAUGCGGCCCUUGCAUGCUCUUCUGAAGAUACUCUGGCAGGGUCCAUGAUCACUGUUGCGUUUGGGGAAUCGCUGUCUGGCGGGCUUGCUUCAUUCCCUGAAUUCGCGAAGCCGCCACCGAAAGAUGCUCCGAUGACAAGUGGUCUCACCCCCCUUAGAGUUCGUCGUUCAGCAGCACCUCGACGGCAACGCACAUCUCUCCCAACGCAUGGACCGAACCUACAGCAGCCUCGCACGCAGUCGACUGUCAGCGUGCUCGAGCUCGACUUUCCGAGGAUAGCUCCGUAA